UAUUCACCAAUCACCACCUUUUGCUAUUCUCAUCCUAUAUCCUUCUUACUUUCUCUUUCCUUAAGAUCAUUUUCACUUUUUUGUUCCUCCUCCCUUCCUUCCACCAUGGGCAACUGUUGCUCCCAAGCCAACGCCGGCGACGCUCCCGAAGCAAUGCCAGCCGGCGCCGACAAGGGAGAAACCAACCAAAAAAGCAGCAACAACCAUGCAGGAGGAGACAACCCUGCCACCACCACCGACCCUACCACCCCACCACCAACAACAUCCAAGCCGUCACCCUCACCCUUGCCUACUCCUCCUUCCUCAAAACCCACCAAGGCCGCCCCCGUCGGUCCGGUCCUGGGGCGGCCGAUGGAGGACGUCAGGGCGACAUAUAGCAUGGGGAAGGAGCUAGGGAGGGGGCAGUUUGGCGUGACUCACCUUUGCACCCACAAGACCACUGGACACCAAUUUGCAUGCAAAACCAUUGCCAAGAGGAAGCUGGUGAACAAGGAGGACAUAGAGGAUGUGAGAAGGGAGGUGCAAAUCAUGCACCAUCUUACAGGUCAACCUAACAUUGUGGAGUUGAAGGGUGCCUAUGAGGAUAAGCAAUCGGUGCAUUUGGUGAUGGAGCUUUGUGCUGGUGGUGAACUCUUUGAUCGUAUCAUUGCUAAGGGACAUUACACAGAACGCGCUGCGGCUUCUUUGUUGAGAACGAUUGUGCAGAUUGUUCAUACGUUUCAUUCCAUGGGGGUUAUUCAUAGAGACCUUAAGCCUGAGAAUUUCCUCUUGUUGAAUAAGGAUGAGAAGUCACCCCUCAAGGCCACUGAUUUUGGUCUUUCAGUUUUUUACAAGCAAGGGGACACAUUCAAAGACAUUGUUGGAAGUGCAUAUUACAUUGCACCUGAGGUCUUGAAGAGGAGAUAUGGGCCAGAAGUUGACAUAUGGAGUGUUGGUGUCAUGCUAUACAUUCUUCUAUCUGGUGUCCCUCCAUUUUGGGCAGAAUCAGAACAUGGUAUAUUCAAUGCCAUCUUAAAAGGCCACGUUGACUUCACAAGCGACCCAUGGCCUUCAAUUUCACCUGCAGCAAAAGAUCUUGUAAGGAAAAUGUUAAAUUCAGAUCCCAAACAGAGACUCACAGCACAAGAAGUUCUCAAUCAUCCUUGGAUCAUGGAGGAUGGAGAAGCACCAGAUAAACCUCUUGACAAUGCUGUGCUCAAUAGGCUCAAACAGUUCAGAGCAAUGAACCAAUUCAAGAAAGUUGCACUAAGGGUCAUUGCUGGCUGUUUAUCAGAAGAAGAAAUCAUGGGGUUGAAGGAAAUGUUUAGAGGGAUGGACACUGACAACAGUGGAACCAUUACAAUUGAAGAGCUAAAGCAGGGGCUUGCAAAACAGGGGACCAAGCUAACAGAGCAAGAAGUUAAGCAGUUAAUGGAAGCUGCUGAUGCUGAUGGCAAUGGAACCAUAGAUUACGACGAGUUCAUCACAGCAACAAUGCACAUGAACAGAAUGAACAGAGAAGAACAUCUUUACACUGCCUUCCAAUACUUUGAUAAAGAUAACAGCGGGUUCAUUACUACUGAAGAACUAGAUCAAGCUCUCCAUGAAUAUAACAUGCAUGAUGGUAGGGACAUCAAGGAAAUCCUUCAUGAAGUUGAUGGAGAUAAUGAUGGUCGCAUUAACUAUGAUGAGUUUGCGGCGAUGAUGAGAAAAGGAAAUCCAGAAGCUCUUACUAAGAAGAGGCGUGAUUCGUUUGUUUCACAUUAGUGAAGGGUCUCACAGGGAAGAUGUUGAAAAGGAUUCAUCUGUUUCAGCCCUAUGUUUUUCUUUGAUGGGGUGAAGAGAAGAAUGAUCAUGGGGUACAUGUUGUAUAUUGCAAUGGUUUUGUUGGUUUGAGAGUGUCAAUGGUGGAAAUAAAACAUUGAAUCAAGAGGGGGGAGGGAGAACACAAACUAACCUUUGAGAAAUGUGAAAAUAUGCUAGGUAUAUAUUUGGUUGAUUAACAUUUUUUUUUACAGUUCCCCUUUUCUGUGAGAUACUGUAACAAAAGUCAUGUAAUGAUAUUGCUCACUUAAUUAGGAAUGAAAAAAAAGGGUGGUUAUUUAUGUACUAAUUCCUUCUAAAUGCUAGGUACAAGUAUAUUUGUACAUUUAUGUUAAUGCAGACAGGAAAUUUGGCAUGUA